GCAGAUGAGAAAAGGAUGCAGGAAAUUCUGUUGUUUAUACAUGUCUCUGUAACACUGAGAAGCAAGAGGAGCCUUGAAAAUCCAGAGGGGGUGAUAUCAGAUUAUGAAUCAAAACAUGAACAUAGGAUCUGUUCAGCAUCUAAUGGAAGAUAGACAGAUUUUUAGGACCCAGCCAAGACAGCCAAAUAAAUUAGAUGAAAUUUGCCAAACAGAUGACAAUCUGUGUAAUUCAAAUUUUCCAUCUCAAAAUUUCUACCCAUAUUCACCUCAUUAUACAUAUAUGCAUAUGAAUUACUGCAGCGACUUGGAAAUUUUUGAAGCAGUAAGAAUUCGAGAACUAGAAGAAGUCAAAGCCAGAGCUGCCCAAAUGGAGAAAACUAUGCGCUGGUGGUCAGAUUGUACUGCUAAUUGGAGGGAGAAAUGGAGCAAAGUUAGAGCAGAAAGAAAUAAAGCUCGAGAGGAAGUCAGACAACUGAGAAUAAAAUUGGACAGUGUUGUAAAAGAACUGAGUAUGCUUAAAAAGAUAAACCAGGAUUUAGUAACUGAGAAAGAAAGUUUAGAAAAUGUAACUGCUUGGAAAACAGAAUAUUUCAGUUCCUCAGAAAUAGCUCAUAUGAAAAAAGACCUAAGCCAGUUAACAUUUUUGGAACACAAACCUGUGAAAGAACUGAACAAAACCAACAAGAUUCCUUGGUCAGAAGACUCAAACAAGGAUGUGGAGGUAAUCAAACACCCCUUAAGAAGCAGUCAGAAUAAAAAAAUGACUCCAAAGCAUCUUGAUUCCUUUCCCAGUGGAUUUACCAGUAUUUAUUUUGAGGAACCUAAAGAGGGUCUGCAAAACACAGCUCAGACAUCAGAGAAUGAUUUAAUGCAUGCUUCUGUUCUGCAUUUGCAUUUGGCUGAGUUACAGAAGAUCUUAACCAAAGAAAGAGAAAUGAAUGUAUUUCUGGAAAAAGAAGUGGAAAGGACGGAAAAUGAAUUAGCUCUUUGGAAGUGGAAAUAUGAAGAACUAAAACAAUCUAAACUGGAAAGUCUGAACCAGCUGGAAAGAUGGCAAUUUGAGAAUAGCUCUGAAUGGGGAAAGAGAGAGAUACCUGAUGCAGAAAAGCAAAGUUUGGAAGAAGAGAGAAGACGACUGAAGUUGCAAGUGAAAGAAAUUCAGGAACUUCUGGAGAUGAAAAAUAAAGCAGUACCAAUUAAAUUGAGUUGUGAUCAUCAAAAUGCACAAAGUAAUCUGCUGGUUAAAAAUAAGAUUAAUGAGACAGAAGAAAAUGAGCUCAGAAUUUGGGACCAGGCAAAGUUCCUUGUAUGUUGUUGGAAAUUCCACCAAGACAGUGAAUGAAGAGAUGGGACAUUACCUGCUGCAACAAGGCUAACAGGAAAUAAAGGGACAAAAUACUUAAAGACUUCAAAAGACUUAUGGGAAAAUUAAACAGUGGAAGUACAUGCAACCUACAUAGAAACACUACAUGCAUUGUUUCUACGUAUUUGACAUUUUCAGUAAGGACCAUAGAAAUGUGUUGUUCACCAGAUUAGAAUAUUUUGCAAUUUGUUCUUCCUUCUCAUUUGUCUUAAUUGCCAUCUUCUAAAGCAAGAGAUGAAUUCUAAUUGAUGUAGCCCAUAGUUUAAUGUGGGGGGAAAAAAUUGACAAUGUACAUGGGAAGGGAGAGAGUUUCAUAGUUGGUUCUGUGAAGACAGUGAGUCUGAAAUGGAAGUCAGUGCUUUUUGCCUUGUCUCUUUUUUUUUUUUUUUUUUCAUACAGCAAUGGGAAAUAACUAUUUCUCAGUUUCACUAGUUCUGCCAGAGUAGUAUGUUUUAGUUAAACCUAACAUUUCUCUCCCUACUAAUAUCCUGCAAACUCCUUCUAAAUCUGCUUCAGUGAUCGUGUAGUUGCUUUUUCUUGGGUCUUUUUUUUUUUUUUUUCAUUGAAUUUGUGCAGGACCAUAGAAAAAGGAAUAAUUAUUUUCAUAAUUGUUAUCUCUGCUGUGGAAAUUGGUGUGAAAACAGUGUGUCUCAUUUACAAUUUUUGCUUAGAUUUAAGUGGGGAUUUGUAAAGUUCGUGAAUGAAAGACACGAAAGGUUAACAAUUUUGUAAGAAUCAUGUUUUGCCUAGGAAUCUGUGAGCAGGUAGAGUUGGAGCAACUUCAUGACACCCCACUGUGUAACAUAACAGUACUGAAAAUGUCAGUAUGGUCCAUAGAAAUUAGAAGUGCAUAAUUAUUGAUUUUUAAAUGCUGUAACAGCCAAAUGUACUUCUAUGUUUACACUGAAAUACCUGAAAAUAUAGUAAUGCCAGAAAACAACUUACUGAUAAAAGUUUUUAUCUAUCCUCUACAGACAAGCAAUUUUUUGUUUUCUCUGACAAGCCAUUAGAAAUAAGGGUCUUUUAGAGAUAAAACUAGGGUUUCAGCAAUUCAGCAAAAUCUCUUAAAGCCUACAGAACUAUCUAUAGCUAAAAAUCAAGUUGAACAAUUCCACAAGUUACUGAGGAAACUAGGAUUCUAUUCUUCUCUCUGUAUCUCUAAAUAUGAAAGAAAAACAAAUAAUGUUUAAUUGGAGCUGGAGAACAUCACUGUGGUAACAGCUUGCCAGACUAAUAAGGAUAUUGAUGGAAAUCAAAAGCUAGGAGCUACCUUUUGCUAAUCUGACUUGCACUUCUAUAUAAACCUUUAGUACUUUUGUCCUUCACUUCACUGUAUUAUAAUACAUAGUUGGUGUGAUAUACCUGUCUAUUCCAGUGCUCAUGGUUGCAAUAAAGAGAUCAUUGGACGUAUUCUAGAAUAUGUAUUUCAGAAUAAUGAUACAAUAUGUUUUCUUUCUCAUGAAGAAACACUUGCUAUCCCACAUGAUUCUUUGUAAUCACCUUACUGACCAUAUUUUACUUUCAAGUGCCUUCUUUUUAAUAGUGGUGCUUAAAUUUUAUUGCAAGAGUGCAAUAAUCAGAUAAGUCACUUUAGUUUUUUAUAAUUUCUCCCUGUUCCCUGAGAAAAUUUAGCUACAUCUGCAUCUGUUAAGUGCAUAAAAUAUUUAUUUCAGCAGCUACUUACACAGAGAACUUCAGAGGUCUCUGUGAGGAAGCCUACCUGUAAAUUAGUCACUUGAAGGAAAUCCAAGAGAUAAUAAUGCAUAAUUGCCCUCACUGCAGUUGAGAAUGUCAGAGAAUGUUAAUUUAUGACCUUUUCAUCAUAAUACUAGAAUAUCUCCUGAUCUUAAAUAUACAUCUAUGAUAUUUGCUCUAUACCGAUAUUCCCAUCCAUUCACCUUCACAUUCCCCUUGGUGGACAGAGAAGAUGCAUAUUUGUGCAGAAAGAGUGGCUUGCUCAAAGUCACUAAGGAUAAAAUUUCAAAAAAUUAUCAGGAAAACCUCCCCUAAAUCUAUUUCCAAACCAUUCAGUCAUCCUCAAUUUCUCAAAGGGAAUGACUGGUGCUUAAAAUAGCGGAAUGCUUCUCGGAAGAAAAAUAAAAAAAUAAAAAAAAAUAAAAGCUGAUAUUUCUUGUUAUUCUUUUUAACUGAUGAUACUGUAUAUGUUGCAUAUCAGUUAGUUUAACAAACAAAUAAUAAACACAAAUAAACACAAAAAGACCUACAAAUAACUUUCACAGCUGGUAAAUUCUGUUACAUCUUAGUUAAAGCAACAAAUGUCUAUAUUAUUUCAUAUUGGUACAAAACAUUUAAAAGAUUAGAGAGAUAGGAAAGAACGAUUAAUGUGGUCUAGUUGUCAUCUAGGAGUGGAUAUAGGAAUAAGGUUAAUGCUGUCUUAUACAUCCUCAUCCCUAAAUAAAAUACUACUUUUCUGAGGGAUGUAUCAGCUUCCCUUUAGAGUACUUUUGCAAACCCUUUUCAAGAAAUAUUUCAAAAGAAUGUAUUCUUAUUCUGCUCCAUCAAGUGAACAUUGGAAUAUGUCUUAAGUGCAUUUGAGCAGUCCAGAACUUUGUCUCCAGGAGGGACAGAGAUAUCAGAGUUUAAUUAAAAGCUGUGAUUUUAUUUAUUUAUUUAUUUUUUUCAUGAAAUCUCUACCUCUCUAUUCCCCAACUCCCGUUGUCUUGAUGAGUUUGUGCCUAAAUCUUAUCAAAUUAAAAGUUCAUCUAAGGGUAACAUGAACCUAUUUUCCUCACUUUAAUGGGAAAGAAUCCUCAAAUACUAAAUUAAAAAUAUACCACUAAGUAACAAUUUCUCAGGAACUACAGAGAUUAUUUGAUGCCCUCUACUAGUACACAACAUUUAUUGUAUGACUUCAAGGAGAGGGUAAGGAAUGUUAUUCAACUGAAAUUAAAAAAAAAAAAAAAAAACACAUAUUAAUAAUUUGUCUAAUAUGAGAAAAAGGAUCUAAAAAUCAGUGAUUAUUUCAAGGGAUGUUGUAAUGAUGUUCAACAAAAAUAACUAUGCUCUAGUGAAGAUGUGAUUCAGUUGCCUGCUUUUAUCAUUAACAGGAUAUCUUCCAGGCAAAGCCAUUUCAGAAGACAAUUGAUCGUAAUUAGAAAAUGGUAAUAAAUAAGCUUAUGCUGAGAUUGAAUAAAAUAAUUCUUAAAGUUAUUAACUUUUGAAAAGAAGAAAAUGAAGAUAAGAAAAGGAAAAAUAAAGGCAUGCUACUUUUCUUUUAAGCUUUGAAUAUUUUCCUAGUAAAAGAUUCUAAAAUGAAGAAGUAUUAACAUAUUGUCCAUUAUUGAACAUAUCAAAUAAAAUGCUAUGGUACAUAUACAACAUACUAUAUUUCUGUCAAUAAACGAAUGCUGACCUUCCAGACAGAUAAUGAAAUAUAAAUGAAUUCAGCAGCUUCUCCUUGCAUAUUACAUUACUUCACUGAUAUCCAAAAACACACAGAAUUUAAGAGACAUAACUUUGAGAUUUGAAAUGGCUUUGUAUUGUGGCUUGCAAUAAUAUGCUUUAUUUGAUUAUUAAAUCCUGUGUCAUGUAAAACUUAACCAGCAACACUAAUUUAUUAAAUACAAAGGAAGCAAAGUUGUUUGGAUGUAUAAAGGGAGAACAAGAAAUCUUACUGCAGCUACUGCAAUUUUCUAGUGUUAAAAUUUGAUAGUUUAUUCACCAAGAUCAGAAUGCAUUCUUCAUUUUUGAAAAAGAAAGCAAAAAACACAUGUUAAGCUGGAAGUGUAGUUAGGUUAAUAAGAAGGCUUUAUUGCUUGUUAGCUCUGUAAAUCUGCUGUUACCAUUCAUCUUUACUUCUCUUUGUUGCAGGCACUUGUUUUGCAUAUUUGUUUACGAGAAAAAAGAAAUUAAAAUGUAUAAUAAACUGCAGGAACAUUUCAAAACUUAAACAGGACUCUCACUAAUGAGAAUGAGGUUUAGACAUACUGCUUGAUAGGUUCCAUGUAUUUGUGAGCCAAAAGCUAAAAUUCACUGUAAUUGUCAGUGAUAAUAAAUGAAAUGUUCCAUAUUUUGUUAAUUAAAUCCACUAACAUUCUCGGAGUUUGCACCAUUAUACAUCCCAACAUAUAUCAAAGGAGAGAAAGAAAAUACUUUUUUGUGAGCUCUGUGUUGAAUGAGAGUCUUUUAAUGGACCCAGGAAAAGGGGAGCCUCAUGAGUUAUAUGGCUAUUAGAAUUUAACCACGUUAAAAAAUAUAUACACAUGGGAAACAGAACUGAGAACAUGUUAUAAAGAAGACCUCAUUUUCACAGCUCUUUUAAAUUGAAAAUCACCUUAGAAUUGUCAGGAAAAAAUAACUCAAAAUCAGUCUUGUACAACAUAAGCACAAAAGUAAUAAUGUACAACUCAGCAAAAAGAAACAAAUAUUUUACAUAAGAGUUAUUAUUUUCUUUCUUUAAUCUUCUAUCCGUAUUUUCAUAUAAGGAAGCAUGUGGAAAGGCAGGUAAGGUUUUGAAAAAUUAAGUAUGAUUCACCACAUUUUAACAUUUUUAAAAAAGCAAGCAAGAAAUAAAUAACUUAAAAAAAGAUGUAGAAUUAUGACCCUAAUUCUUUGUUUUAUAAUUCUCACUGUAGCACAUGUAUCUAUUCUCUCUGUCUUCUCCAUCGCUGCUUCCAAUAAUAUUCUGUUUACAUUUUGAUAUUUUAUCAUCACAUUGGGCUGAGGCUGGUAACAUUAACAUUGAUUAAACUAAUUUGCAGAAGUGAUUUUAUAUGCAAUUUCUAAUAUGGAGUAUCAUACUUAUUUAUUCCAAACCAUUCCGUACUGAGUAUUAUGUGACUCUAAACUGAAAACCACAGCAAUGUCUUGGAGAAAAAAAAAGCACCCUAUGCAGCCAAUUUCAUUUUUCAAUAUUUUUGUCCUGUACUUUUUAAAGUGAAGGUGAGAAAAAGCAGUAUCCUGUGUGAAAGUAAGUUAAAUCAUGAAACCUGAGGAACUUCUCUACUCUUAACUUGAAUAUAUUUUUUGAGAAUAUUUUAUAUAUACUUUGCAUAUUUAUUAUAUCUGUGUAUUAUGUUGUUGUAGUUCUAUUGCAUUCUCAUGACAUGUCUAUUUCAAGUGCUAUUGGAAGAUUAGUGAGGAAAGUGAAAUGUUUCAGUGUUUCAGUGAAACUGAGGAGUGCACUCUACCAAAAAUAUAUACAUGUAUAUAUUCAGCUACAUUUGGUUUACCUGUAAUUAUCUCUAUGCAAAAAUUAAAAAUCUAAUUUGCAUCCUAAAAACAAUUCAGUUUUGUACCUAUAUGCAAGGCAUAUAUUUAAUAUUAUAUUUGUAAUGUUCCUGUAAGAAACCUCUGGCUUCAUGGAUAUAAAUAUAAGCAGACUAAGAUGUAUAAGACGGUGUAAGACAAUCUGGAAUAGACUGUCUUUUCACAAUAAUUUCAUCUCUGAAACCGUACAGUAAAUGUAAGCAGCACAAGUCCCAUGUUUUUUUUAACACAUAAGUGGAUUACAUUAACAUAGUUAUAGAUGUACAUCAAUACUGAUACAGAACUUUGUUCUAUUGACAGAAUUUUAUUUACUCUCAGGAUUCUGGAAGACCAAAAACAGAAAAAAAUUUUCUAGGGUAACUUCAUAAUGGAAACUAGGAAAGCAGAAAGCUAGUACUUCUGCCAUAUGCAACCUCCCGUACACGCUUAUGGUAGUUCAACCUUACAAAUUACAGCAAAAUAUUAUUACAAUUUCAUUUGAUAACCAAAUUUCAGAUUUUGUUCUGUAACUAUCAUUUUAGUGGGACAUAGAAGUUGCAUGCAAUAGCA